GUAGCUUUAUUUGCAAGACACAUUGUAGACUGAUUGGUUGGAAUAAAAUGAGUGGUUGAUCGAGCCCAUUUUAACAAAAUUUGCAUGAUUCGCAAUGUUCAAAUUAAUAAAUUGGGUUGUGCAUAACCGCAUGCAAACAAAGAAAGUAAUACAUCGGUAGCAAUAUUCUUUGGAAAAUUCUCAAACUUCCAUGGGGGCCUGCCUUCAUGCAGUUGUCUGUACCGAUCACGACUUAUUUCUUCACAAUUUAAUCAUUUUUUGUAAACAUGAGCUUUGUCACGCGUAAUUGACUUUCAAUUCUUUAACAGCAAACUUUAAACUUUAAACAGCAAACUCCUAUCCAUACCAUCCUCAACAAAUUUCCUGCUAAUUAAUAAAAUUACUAAAGGCACUAGGGGGCUACCCGCCUCCAACUGUGAGAGGAACGCAAUGAAAGACCAUGAAAUAAUGUAUAGUUCUCGCUCCUGUCAGAAUAAGGAAAUAGUUUGCUUUGGCUUUUGAUCAUCCGUGCAUGAGACCAAUUGUUCACAAAGUCAGAAAUGCGCAUAUAUUAAUUACUAUCCUCGUAAAUUACGGAUCGGCAUGAAUAAGACGAGCCACCAAUGUUACUGGAUGAAAAUAGGGUAACAUAUGAAUAGAUGUAUCAGUUUGUAUUUGUGAACGUCUCAAGAUUGCUGUGAGAAUUCUAGUUCACUUAGCCCUUGCAGCUUCAUGAGAUAGACUUGUGCAUUCCAUUCAUGAAAGCGCGCUACAAACACAAUGUCUGAAAAUAACGUCUGGAGCGCAGAAUCUUGUUCGUUGAAGAGCUUUGUACACAGCUACACUCUUCCACAAGUAGUGAAGGUCGAAGAAGGGUUCUGUAGUAAAGAUGACACCGAAACUCUUUCGACCGGGGAGAUUCUUAUGCUACACUCUGCCACCACUGAGCUGCUCGUGGAAGAUGCUGAUCACAGGCAGUAUUUUGUACCACUCAAUUGUCAGUGUAAAGUGGAAAUACUUCCUAGGAUCUGCGAGGACAGGUAUUACACCGUGAAAGAUGUUGUCGACGCCUGGACGCCCUCUGAUUUCAAGUUCAUUCGUGUUGUUGAAGUCCACUCGCCUCCCCCUUCGUUACGUAUAAGAGCAGGACAAAUCUUGAAACUCAACAAAACCGUCGAACACAACCGUAUAAAGUUUCUGGAAUGUGUGUUUUAUCGCAAGACUGAAUACCUUGUGAAGCUCCCUUUCGAUGUCAGAGCUGUUUUUGAGCCCUUAGCCAGAAAAGAAUCAUACCCUUUCCAAGAGGUCCUAGACUGGUUUGAGUUUCCUGUUCGAGUGAAAUUCAAGUCAAAUUGCAAGACACAAGAUACAAACAACAACCAGUCGCGAGGCUCUGUUCUCCUUACGAACAUUCGACGAGAGUCGAAAAUUACUGCUACCAAUCGGGAUGACGACAUGAAUCCAGUUUUAAUGAUUCCGACUGAUUUGGAUGUGUACGUGUUUCCCGCGCGUGGAGCUAUUCUGGGCGAUAAAGAAUACGCCAGAUUUUGUAAAGCAAUCCACAAUUUCACGAAGCUCUCAAAGGUCGACCUCUUUAGAAAUAGUUCCAGAUUGUGUAAAUGUUUUGUAGAUCCUGCUGAAGAGAAAAUUGAAAAUAACGAAGUGGUAGACUUUCUCCCAUCCCAAACGAUUCAGGACACUCAUAGACAUUCAAUACCAAAACCAGCAAAUCCUAAACAGGCUUCAUCUUUGAGCGGCAUGCUGAUACGAACUGGUGGACAUGUUUUGACGACAUCGAAUGAAAACCCGUCUAACACUUCAAAUGACCACGCACCACCUCGCCCACUUCGAGUUGAAUCGCCGCCGCGAUCGAAACCUCCAAUACCUCCAGAAACUCCUAAACAGGCCCCAUCGCCUAGCGCCAGGCUAAACCAGUCACCGCAUCAGAGCAUACAGGGUGAAUAUCUGUCAACAACAUCGAAUGAACACCCGUCCAAUUCUAUUGAUGACCAGGCACGACCUCGUCCACCUCGAGUUGAAUCCCUGCCGCAUUCAAACGCUACCGGCGGUGAUAAGGAGGACGAUUAUCAUCAUUAUGAUGAAAUUUCUUUCACGAAUAGGAAUUCAGAUCUUGCUCUCUCACUUGAACGCUACCACAUGGACAACGACAGUGAGAGAGUACCGAAACGUCAAAAAGACAAACUCGGCCAAAGUAAAAGUUCUAAGAGAAAUUCGCUACCAACAGUGAUUACCAAGUUUCCCUCGACCCUUUCUGGCCAUUUGCAAUGUGAAACUAAUGAUUCUGCGGUCUCUCCACAAAGACCUCAUCUGACUAGUCCUUUAUCUGGAGCAUCGUCAAGCGUCUUGUCUUCAGAUGCUGCAUUUUCGAGUCAGAAAUCAUCCACCCAGGAAGGAUCUAUACCUGAACAGUCAAUCCUUCCGACUCAAUCUCUGGUAUUCUCUUGUCUGGAACAAUCCCAGGAUUACCCAGCUGAGAAUUUAUGCAUUGAACCUGUACCCGCACCAUCGAUCCUUUCUAAUUCUAUUUCAGAAUUUUCAGUUUUUUCUCAAGAUCUUAAAGACCUCUCUGUGGCAGGAGUAGUGGAAUGUCUCACAAAUCUGCACAUGGGACAGUAUGCUGAAAUGUUUCAAAGAAACCUAAUUGAUGGACAACUUUUAAUGGAACUAGAUCUGGAGUCUCUCUCAGACCUUGGAGUAAGGAAUCCCUUACAUCAGAAAAAAAUACUUAAGUUUAUAAAAGGAUGGAGGCCUAAUGCAAGCUAUGAGAAGUAUCUGAGACAAGUGCAUCGACGCAAAGUUUCAGCCGAAGAUGUGCAGUUCACCGAACACGGUACGUUCCGCGGUUUAGUCCUUUAUGACGUAAAUACUGUAGAGGAAGUAAUGUUUGAAAAUAUUGUGUGGAGCGAGGAAUCGUGUACCUUGAAAACGUUCGUCGAUAGGUACCCUCUUCCACAACUGGUGAAAGUCGAAGACGGGUUCUAUAGUGUCAAAGAAGCUGAAACACUUUCGAACGACGAUAUUCUUACGCUACAUUUCACCAAACAAACUGAUAAGCUGCUCGUAGAAGCCGCUGAUCACAAGCGGCAUUUCGUACCACUCAAUUGCCCAUGUAAACUUGAAAUACUUCCCAGAUUCAGCGCAGACAGGUAUUACAGCGUGGAAGAUGUUGUCGACGCCUGGACUUCCGCUGAUUUCAAGUUCAUUCGUGUUGUCCAUAACGGUCCUCCUCAACUACGUAUAAGAGCAGGAGACAUCUUGAAACUCAGGAAUACAGUCGAAGAAAAACGGAUCAAGUUUCUGGAAUGUGAAUUUCAUGACAAGACAAGGGACCUUGUGAGGCUUCCUUUAGAUUUCAAGGCUGCAUUCGAGCCUUUAGCCAAUGCCGAGCAGUGUCAUUUGCAGGAAGUAAGGAAGAUGCUUCCUGUCCGAGCGAAGUUUACCUCUGGUGAAACCACGAUACAAGGUGUAAAUGACAUCAACGUUGAUUUGGCGUCACUCGGUUCUGUUCUCUUAAAAGAAUUUCGAGAGGAGAGAACAGUCAUUGCUACCAGUCGUCAUGACAAUUUGGUCACGGUUUUAAUGAUUCCCGAACAUCUGGAUGUAAAUGUAUUUCCAGCACUUGGGGCUGUAAUAGGCGAUAAAGAAUACGCCAGAUUUUGCAAAGAAAUCCACGAUGGCACUGAGCUUACAAAGGUUGACUUCUCCAAGCAUGAUACUAUCACGUUGGAAGAACCGACUGUUGAUGUUAUCUAUGAUUACGCGGAAGUAAAACCACUGCUCCCCCGUCGUAAACGUCGGGACUCGAAUCAAAGUGACAACUCAGACGCCGGUGAUGAUUACGAUAGUAUCGAUGUCAACAAACCUCCAAUACCACCAAGAACAACAUCUAAGAGUCACAAGCCCUUGACACAGUCUAAAGUUUGUGAGGAUGCCGAGCCACCCUCAAGACCACCAAAGCCACAACCGAAACCAAAGCCACAACCGAAACCAAAACCACAACCGAAACCAAAGCCUCACACGCCAUUGUCUAUGAGCGUCCACCCAGUACCACUGUAUGAAAACACGCAGGCUGACAGUGAGUUUAAAGCACCGAUAGAAAAGCCGCUUGGGUUUCGCGAGGCACCACCUCGUCACUUUGAUGAUGGCAACGACGACAAUGUGGAUGAAGACGACGAAAACUCAUACUUUAGUUCGGACGAAGAUUACAUCUACCCUGAACUUGAUGAACUGGAAUGGAGUGCGUCCAGUUACGGCGAGCCCGAAUCACCAAAAGAACAACUGGACCUCGGUGAAGGACCUAAGAAAAUCUCAAUGAAGGAAAGAUUUCUCGCCAAGCUUGGGAAGGCCGUUCCUAAAUCGCCAACCGUCUUCUCUUUUAACGUCUCGGGGUCUCCACAAGGUUCGCGCCCGACUCCAUCAUCACUUGCAGUUCCGUCAUCUUCUUCCACCUCAUCGCGGGCAGCGAAGGGUCGCGAUUUACCUCAGAGUUUCCCGGAUGAUCUCGGAAACCUGUCUGUGUCAAAAGUGAGCGAAUGCCUCAGACUGCUCAACAUGGGAGAGCACGUGGAAACGUUUGAAAGCGAGCAGAUUGAUGGACAGCUUUUCAUAACGCUAAAUGAGGAAACGUUACCAUGUCUUGGAGUAAUUGACAAAUUCCAGCAGCAAAAAUUACUUAAGUUUAUACAGGGAUGGAGGCCUGUAAAGAAAUAAUCAACUCUAAGCAAUUGAUCGAAUCACUGAUUAAGGCACUCAGUGAGGGUGCAAGUCUGUUGUUAUAACCUUGCAAGGUGCGUGUUGUGGAUAUCUUUGAACAAAGAGUGAUUUCAUUAUGAGUUGUGCUCAUUUCUAAGUAUCAGCGACUAUAUUGGACAUAGAUAUUAUUACUCUGCAAAUCCGAAAUAGGAAACCACUUUGAUCUGAAUGUAUUAUGUUUUAGUUGAAAUCUACUUGUGCUCUAUCACGAAUGCCGUUCUUCUGUUGAUUACGCUACUCAUUGUCUAUUCUUUUGUAGAUGUUGAGUAGCCCGCGGUUGUUAACAAAAUGGCGGCGGCGUUUUUGCGUUUUUCACGACUAGUAGGCCUAUACUAAGACAAUACAUUAUUCGCUCUGGAUUUCUAUGUAUAGUAGUUGACCCGAGUUGUGCCGUCCUCGUCAACUAUCACGCAAGCCUGCAAAUAACAGUCGGUCAUCGGACAAUUGUCUGGUGAAUGAGGGUUUUGAGACUUGUUACAUAUAUAGCAAUCGCAUGUCAGUUAGCGUCAAGAAUUGUCUGGUGAAUUUGAGGUUUUGACAGGUAAAAGCUUAGUCAGGUCGGGCAGUCUCACCGGGCAUUUCUACUACACGAAAAAUAUUUUAGCUGGAAAUUUGUGACCGAAUAUGAAACAAGUUAUUUUAUUGCGCUGUCACACCCAAAAAAGCUUUGUUAUCGCAGUUUCAUUUUUAUUCCAUUUCUGAGAAAUAAUUUUGUCACGCGCAAUGCGUCGUCACAAAUGUCACGUCGAAUUGUAAACACGCCACAUCAGCGCCACUAUUCAAUCUGUGUUAAAUUACGCAUUUUGCGGUGGUGUCGUGAAAGAUCGUGAAGCCCCAUUUAAGUCUGAAUUACGUUCGUCUGAAUAAGUAGUAAAACCUGAGUUCUUAUGUUGUUACUCGUAGUUUGAUAUCUGCAAGUGUUGUGAAAUAAAUUUUUAGUCGUAAUUUGA